AUGGCGACUGGCCAACCAAAAAUAUGGAAGACUUGGGAGCGAUGCGUUACCAUCUAUGACGAGGUUGUCGUCAAAAGAGAGCUCCAUGAACAUGAGCUAAUGCAUAACCUAUAUGGCUACAUCAUGCGGCCCUUCUGGGCCAAGGAGAGACUGCAAAAUGAGGCGGCAACGCUUCAACUCGUCGCCAGAGAGACCACAAUCCCUGUGCCAGAGUGUCGACUCUACAUCAAGGAAGAGGUCUUGUGUCUUGAGACAAAACGAAUCACAAAUGGAGUGCUUCUUGAGGAAAUCAAGGGCCCGUCUCGACUUGCUGCAGUUGCAGACGUUCAAAUCAGUUAG